AUGAUCACCAUUCGAAUCAAAACCGCCGGGAACAUCGAUCGAUCGGUCGAUUCCAUGGCGUCGUUCUCAGACCUCCCGCCGGACCUGCUCUGCGACUUCAGCGGCCGCCUCCACGCCGCCGCCGACGUCGUCCGCUUCCACGCCGUCUGCAGGGACUGGCGCGCCGCGCUCGACUACCGGCAGCCGCGGCCUCACCCACCGCCCGCCCUGCUGCCGUUGCUCCUCGCGCCGGCGCCGGCGCCGACGAGGGUGUCGCACGCGGAUGGCACCGCCUCGUGGUUCGUCGACGGCCGCUUCGUCGACCUUCUGACCGCCAUGAGCGACACCGACGCCGCCGAGCGGUACGAGUGCGACUGGAUCGAUCAUGGAGGCUUCUCCCACCGCAUCGUCUCCGGCGACGGCGCCUUCCACGUGCACCGCCUCUCGGAGGACAAGCACGUCCGGGGCAGGCUGUCUCUCGACGGAGUCACCUGGUGCCCCGGCAAGAAGAGAAACAAAUACAGGAGGCGGAGCGCCGGGAGCUGGGUGCCGAAGAGGCUCGGCUCCGUCGACACCGGCCGGUGCUGCGCCGUCGCCUACCACGACGACGCCACCCUGUGCGUGGAUCUGAGGAACUGUUACAUCUACGAGAAGCACUUGGACCAGCUGGGACACAGGAGCUUCGUGCGGCUGCCCGAUGAGCCCGGCAAGGCGCGCCAGUGCAGCUACCUCUUGGAGUUCCGCGGCGAGCUGCUGCUGGCUAGCGUCCUACAGGACGCCGGCGGCCGGCGGCUGUCGGUGUCGGUGCACGCGCUCGACCUGGACGCGGCCCUGCUCCCUCUGGACUUCCAGCCGGCGGCGGAGCAAGCGUGGGAGAGGAGGGAUAGUGCCGACCUCGGCGACCUCGUCCUCUUCCUGGGCUACCCGGGCAGCUUCGCCGUGGAGGCCGUGCGGUUCCGCGAGGAAGUCCCCGCCGGCAGCGCCUACUUCGUCGUCAAGUCGGAGCCGUGCCGCGUGUACAGGUACAGCUUCGUGGACGACGCCGCCGCGGCGACGCUGGUGGAUACGCUGCCCGCCGGCUGGAACGACGAGAGAUGCAUGUGGUUCCUGCCCGACCCCAUGAUCGCACCAGUCAGGCCGCGGGCGAAGACGGCUGGCCACGGCGGCGAGACCCAAGAAGAGGAACAAGCUCCGGGGAGCCACCGGCGGCGAGACCUGACGAUCUACGCCGGCGAUCUGCACCCGCGGGUGGACAGCUCCCAGCUGCGCGCAAUGUUCAGCAAGCACGGGAGGGUGGCCCGGGCGAGGGUUGCCACCGACAAGUGGGGGCGAUCGCGAGAGUACGGGGUCGUGACCAUGGCGACGCAGAGUGGCUUCGACAAUGCCAUUGCUGCCGACGGCGAUGCACCGGAAAAUGUCUGCACCUACUUGACUUUUCUUGUGCUGCUGCUGUUGGUGAACGAUAUUACCGCUAGAUUUAAUAGGUUGAUUGUCGCUUGGAUUUUCUAUUUUCAUUUCGGUUAUAUUACACAUGUACGUAGAUAAGCUAUCAAAAGAAGUUUAGUAAAUGUAAAAUACAGUUAUUUAUUAUAUACAGAGUAUAUUACUGUCCCUAAAUG